AUGAGCGGGAAUGUAGAUUUGUCAUUUGGAUCAAACCAUUCAGAUGUACAGUUAGGAAUCAACAACGGCAAUGUAAACAUCCAAUAUCACACUGUGGACAUCUUAGACAAGUUGCUAGUUGCACGUGGUGCCGAGUUGGAUUCGUAUAGCGAUCAACAUGAGGAUGAAUGCCUCCACGGCACUCGAACCGACCUUCUUCGCAACGUUGCAGAGUGGGCAACUUCACCUGACGGAAAAUGUAUUUUCUGGCUGAAUGGUAUGGCCGGGACAGGGAAAUCGACUAUUGCCCGGACUGUCGUGAGAUUAUUCCCAAGCGAGAAGUUCGCAGCGGCCACCUUCUUCUUCAAAAGAGGUGAAGCAGAUCGUGGUAAUGCCACUAGACUGUUUCCAACAAUUUCACGACAGCUAGCAACCAAAAUUCCUGGCAUGGUACCAAGUCUUCGGAAUGCACUUAACAAUGAACCUGAUUUGGGACAGAAGUCACUCAAAGUGCAGUUUCAGGGGUUUCUUCUCCAGCCUUUGCUUGACUUGGACCGAUUGAACCCGCAGAUGCGAAUGAUAUUCAUAAUAAUCGACGCACUGGACGAAUGCCACACAGAUGAUGACAUACGUGUGAUACUUCAACUUCUACCACAACUACAAGAGUUAAGCACUGUUCGGCUUCGAAUAUUCUUGACAAGUCGACCCGAGUUGCCGAUUCGCCUAGGAUUUUCGAAAAUGGCAAAUCAUCAGUAUCAAGAUCUUGCUCUACAUGACAUUCCCGAGGAAGUGACAGCAUACGAUAUCUCCUUGUUUUUGAAGGAUCAGUUCUGGAAAAUCCAGGAUAAAAAAGAUGUCCCUACAGACUGGCCCGGGGAAGAUGCGAUUCAAAUUCUUGUUAAUAUGUCUGUUCCAUUGUUCAUUUCAGCAGCAACUGUUUGUCGAUAUGUGGAGUGUAAGUUAGAUCCCGUUGAAGAACUCGCCGAUCUCAUCAAAGAUCAAGCAAAGUAUUCAACAAAAAUGGACAAAACAUACCUACCAGUACUCGUGCGGCUACUGGGUGGACAAGAUGAGGAGGAAAAAGAUCUCACAUUACAGUAUUUCCGGCAGAUCGUUGGGUCGAUAAUUCUUUUCGCCGAUCCACUUCCUGUCAAUGCGAUCUCCAGGUUUCUUGGACUCCAAGAAAGGCUUGUCUCAAACCUAUUGGAUUCAUUCCAAUCAGUCCUUCGAUUGCCAAGUGGCCAAGAUCAACCGGUUCAAAUCCUUCACCAGUCAUUUCGAGACUUUCUAUUACAAACAAGAAGCCAGUUUUACAUCGACGAAGGCCAGACACAUAAAAAUAUCGCACUUCACUGUCUUCGUACUAUGCGUGCGAAAUUGAAAAGAGACAUUUGCAACCUCAACCAUUAUGGAACCAGAAGAAUGAAAAUUGAUGAACGGCUGAUAAAUCAUCACCUACAGCCCGAGUUGCAAUACGCUUGUCGCCAUUGGGUACGUCAUUUAGAGCAGUGUGUGGAUCAAAGUGAUAUAGCUCAGGAGGCUCUGCUUUUCCUCCAGCGGCAUUUCCUGCACUGGGUGGAAGCAAUGAGUACUUUGGGCCUUGCCUCAGACGUGGCCAUGAUGAUAAACUCUCUUCAGAUGAUUACACAAGAUGUUCGUGGUCCGACGACGCUAUCGAAUUUUCUUUAUGAUGCAAAGCGUUUCGUUCUCAAGUUCCGACAGAUAGCCAAUGACGUUCCUCUCCAACUUUAUUGUGCAGGAUUUGUAUUUGCACCUUUCACGUCAACCGUUCGCCAGGAGUUCAUCCACGAGCUUCUUCCAUGGAUAUGCCAGUUACCAUGGGUUCGCCACCAGUGGAGCGUGGAGCUAAAGACGCUCCAGGGCCACCUAUGUGCGGUAAAUGCAGUAGCGUUCUCACCCAACGGUCGGUUUCUAGCAUCUUGCUCAGGCUCAUGGGCUUGGAGCAGCAGCAAGGGAGAUAUCAUUCAGCUUUGGGACGCAGCUACCGGUGCACUGCGACAGACGCUUAAGGGACACUCGAAAGCGGUUACCUCUCUGGCCUUCUCGCCAACGGGCCAGCUACUUGCAUCUGGUUCUCAUGACCAGAGCGUGCGACUCUGGAACCCCAUCACAGGGGCGCUGAUUCACACGCUUAAGGGCCAUCUCACGGGGGUUGACGUGUUGGCUUUCUCCCCUUGCGGUAGCCAACUUGCGUCUGGCUCUGCCAUUUCAGAGAAGGGGGAGGUUGAUGAUAUCAGGCUCUGGGACACAGCAUCAGGUACGCUGGAGAAAGAACUCAGGGGCAACUUCGGUGGUGUCAAAUCCUUAGUCUUCUCGGCUAACGGUAGUCUGCUUGCGUCCGGAGCUGGCUCUUGGGAUUUUGAGAAGGGUCAUAUUUCACGAAUCUGGAAUGCUUCAGCCGGUACGCUACAACAGACAUUAGAGGGACAUUCAGGAAAUAUUGCCUGUGUUGCAUUCUCAUCUGAUGGCCAUCUAGUUGCAUCUGGGUCGGAGGAAUCAAAUGUGCGGAUCUGGGAUUCUGCCACAGGGGCACUGAAGCAAACGCUCAAGCCUCAGCAUAGCGCCAAAGUUACCUCAUUGGCGUUCUCGCCUAAUGGCCGGCUGCUUGCGUCUAGCUAUUAUCCUUUAGGGGGCAAUGGAGAUGGUGACGUUGUUCGUCUUUGGGACCCAGCCACAGGUGCACUUCUCCACAUCCUCCAGGGCCCUUCAAGCGAGAUUUUUUCAUUGGCCUUUUCGCCUGAUGGCCGCCAACUAGCAGCUGGCUUUGAAGAUAGCACCGUACUUAUGUGGGACCCCAUAACAAAUCAGCUCCAGCCCACUUUUCAAGGCCAUCAGGAAUGGGUGAGCAAGCUAGUCGUGUCUCCCGAUGGCAAGUUGCUGGCGUCUGGCUCUGGUGAUAGAACCAUACGUCUUUGGAACUCAAGUACCGGUGCACUGAACCAUAUACUUGAAGGCCACUCAGAAGCGAUAAGUGAUGUUGCCUUCUCGCCUGACAGCUGUCUACUGGCAUCCGGAUCUUGUGAUAAUACUGUGCGGCUCUGGGACUCAGCUACAGGUGAGCUGCGACACGUUCUGGUGGGCCAAGAACACUGGGUACGUAUAGCCUUCUCUCCUGACGGCUUUCUGCUGGCUUCGAGGUCUGUUGAAAGUCCUAUACGUAUCUGGGACCCAAUGACAGGCGUACUGAGGCAGACACUGGAGUACAAUUCGUCUGAAUGUCACCACAUAGCUUUCUCGCCUGACAAGAAGCUACUAGCUUCUGGUUCUCAUCGUGGAGGACCACCUUAUGGAGGUUUUGGAAUUAUACUAUGGGAUCUGGCCACAGGCAAGAAACGGCAGACACUGAAGGGCCAUUCAGGUGAAGUUUCUUCGGUGGCCUUUUCGCCAGAUGGCCACCUACUUGCAUCUAGCUCGAGUGACGACAGAACAGUACGACUUUGGAACCCGGUUUCAGGCUUGUUGCUGCAGACAUUUGAGGCUUGCGCUCACUCAUUGGCCUUCUCUCCUGAUAGCCAGAUACUGGCGUUUAGCUCUCCGCGUUGGACCAUGCAGCUCUUGAAUCUAGCCACGGGCGCGUUGAAGCAGUCACCCGCUCUUUUCCAGGAUCCUGGUGACAUUACCUUCUCGCGGGAUGGGUCUUAUUUGAGUACCAACGCGGGCAGUUUCCGUGUUCAAUCUCAGUGCGACAAAUCCACGCGUGAUUUCCCACAACCGGGAUUCGAAUUAUACAUCGACCCUGAGUGUUGGAUAUGCAUAGACAACGAGAGAGUUUUAUGGCUUCCGGUCGAGUUGAGGCCUACCUGUUGUGUGGUCUUUGACGGCAAAAUUGCAUUCGGUAGUCACUCUGGGAUGGUCUCUGUUGUUGGGUUUUGCGCCAACCUUGCCUAA